AUGUUGGUCAGGUCGUCGUCUCCAUGGUUUCGCCCUCGGGCGUUGGAAUCGUUAAACUGGAUCCGUCAGGUCGGGUGGCAGGUAGCGUAUGGGCUUCUUGAAUCCUUGUUCGUCGGCGAUUUCUUUACUCAGAGGUCAGGCUUCGGGUCAGGUGCCGCCCGUCGUCGGUCGAACGUUGAGUUCGGUUCCGUCCACAGAUCGAAGGACCGUUUGACGUCGCACCGAGAGGGUAAAUGGGUUGCUGUGCACUGUCGACCGUGA